CAUCAUGUGAUCUGUACAUGUACAUGUGACAAGGAAGUUCACAACACAGGUACCUGAGGAUGGCCAAUAACCUGUUAAUUGUUGUGCUUCUGGUGCAGAGCAGCCUGGUUGCGGGGAUCGACAUCAACAGAGUGAGGAAACAGGUGGCCUCAUACAAGGAUGUUGCCAACAGGAUUAUCGACCUGUCUUUGAAUGGCGCAGCCCAGAACCAGUCUUACAACAGACUGGCCACAUUCACAGACAAGUUUGGCUACAGACUAGCAGGCUCUCAGAAUCUGGAAGAUGCUAUAGACUAUAUGCUGGAGGCCCUGAAGAUGGAUCAGUUGGAAAAUGUGCACGGGGAAAAUGCUGUGGUUCCUCACUGGGUACGUGGGGAUGAAUCAGCCGUGAUGUUAAAGCCCAGAGUCCAUAAAUUGCCCAUGUUGGGGCUGGGCUACAGUGUAGGUACUGGGCCCCAGGGUAUAAAGGCAGAGGUCAUUGUGGUCAAGUCCUUUGAUGAACUGGAAAAAAGAGCCACUGAGGUACCUGGGAAGAUAGUGGUGUAUAAUCAGGACUACCAUGGUUAUGGAAUAUCUGUGCGUUAUAGGGCAUCAGGAGCAGCGAAGGCAGCCAAACAUGGGGCAGUGGCGUCACUGAUCCGGAGUGUUACUCCCCUGUCUGUGGAUAGUCCCCAUACUGGCAUGCAGGAUUACCAAUCUGGCAUAAAGAAGAUACCAACAGCGUGCAUUACCGUAGAAGAUGCAGAGAUGAUGUGGAGGAUGGCUCAAAGAGGUGAGCAGAUUGAGGUGUUUUUGAACAUGUCGGCCCAGAAUCUUCCAAACAAGAUUUCAAGGAACACCGUGGCAGAAAUCAAAGGCAGCCUGUACCCAGAACAGACAGUGCUGGUCAGUGGUCACCUGGACAGCUGGGAUGUUGGCCAGGGGGCGAUGGAUGAUGGAGGUGGAGCCUUCAUAUCCUGGCAGGCCCUCUCAUUGGUCAGGCAACUGGGACUUCGUCCUAAACGUACACUGAGACUCGUUUUGUGGACUGCAGAGGAAUUUGGGGGUGUUGGAUCGCAGUCUUAUUUCAAUGAGCACAAGGCUGAGGUAGACACUAUGAGUUUAGUGAUGGAAUCUGAUAUAGGAACAUUCACUCCCACAGGCAUACAGUUUACUGGUAACACAAAUGCAACAAAAGUGAUGUCGGAGGUUGUACAGUUGCUUAAACAGAUCAACGCCUCUAACCUAGACACAGGAGGAGAGGGGACUGAUAUUAGCCCCUGGAUGAAGGCUGGUGUGCCUGGGGCGAGCUUAGCUAAUAUGAACCAGCAAUACUUUUACUGGCAUCACACAAAUGGCGACACAAUGACUGUCCAGGACCCUGUGGCCAUGAAUCUGUGCUCAGCGGUAUGGGCCGUGACAGCCUAUGUGGUAGCGGACUUGGAUGAAGUGUUACCUAGAGAUAAUCAUAUACAUGUUCGAGUGGCAUUACAUUAGUUACGAGUGAACUUUGCAAUUGUGAUUAAAUUAGGCAUAUCAACUUUUUGCCAAAUGAAUGGCUGGUUUUCAAACAGUAGCCAAAUGUAUAGAACUGGAUAAGUUAUCCACAGGUUAUCAUGUGGCUAUUUUACACAUUGAAGCAAUAUGAUUAGUCAACAGUAAUUAUUGGCUAAAUAUUGACCAAUCAAUAAACAUUUUGGCUAACAGCAGCAUGAUUGAUUUAAUUCAGAGACUGAAUCAACUAUCAUGCAAGCCGCUUAGUGCGCUGCUUAUACCACUUUAAGAACAUAUUAUGAAGAAAUUGUUGUUGCCAUAAAAGUUGCCAAUUUUUAUUUUUAUUUAUUUUCAACUCAUGCGAUUUUGUUGCAAGUGAUGACAAUGGCAAUCACCAGCAGACCCUGUAACUUUAACCGAAGCAAACACUUAAGCAGUGUUAUACAAUUGACUUCAGAUGUUCAUUACCGUAUUAUUUUAUUUUCCUUUAUGUCAUUGUUUUACAUAAUUCAUUUAUAUACAUUGUUAAUUUGUAACCAUGUUGCUAAAAAUUUGUUUGUUUGGGAUAACAUCUGCUCCUUCUUCUGACAUAUUUAGGAAAGUUACACCGUGGGUUCGAAAGUCCAAUACAAAAACUCUUAAAAAACUCAUAUUUGAUGUCGUUUAAUGAUUUAGUAUUUAGCAAGCAUAAUACCGGGUACAUGUGUCCUUUCAUACAUUUGUACGUGUUCUGAGAGUGUCGCAAAAUUAACGAAGAAAUUUUAUCAGGUUUUGGCCCCAAAAGCAUUGCAUUUUUAUGCAGAAGUGUAAAAUGAAUAGGAUUGGUUUCAGUGCCAAAAUGUUUGAGAAACAACGUCUAGUGUUAUUUUGGUGAUUGUUUCUAUUUAAGAAUAAUAUUUGCCUUUUCGUUACUAGGAAGUGAAUUUGAGUCCCUUUUUCAUUAAUUAUAUUUCUUAUUUGAAAACAUGUCAUCCAGCAGUCACAAGAUAUUGUUGUUUUGAUAGUCUGGAAUAAUUGGACAUAAAAAACGUACUUAUAAUGUCAAAAGACUUUUUCAAAAUAUAAUCAAAUAUUCAAUAAAUAUUUCUUUGUAAAUUUUGAUCAAUUCCUUAUUACACAAAAACUUGUAACAAAGGAUGAAUGGUUAAAUCUUGAAAAAUAUUGAACUUCAGAACUAAAUGAAAUAUUGAAACGUUAUAAUUAUUGGCCUUCCCCACCCACUUUCUAAUGUGGAAGGCCCUUAAUAUGUACAAAUGACACAUAAGUUUAUUCUUUGUUUGUUUGUUUUUUUCAAUUUCACUAGCAAUAACAAAGAAUUCAGGUAUUUUGAUAUAAGCAAAUAAUGGUAUUUUUAUUUUUGUUUUAAACGGAUAUUAAUCUGCAUUGUUACGAAAUAAAGCUUAAAUCUA